CGCUGGUGAUAGGAGCUGCAUCAGUUGAGCUUCUGUGCCCUGUACUUAGUGAAACAGUGGAGAAACCUCACAGCAAGCCUUUCCAGGCAUCUUCUUUGGCAGAGCUGCUCUGGGUCUGCUUCUCCCUCCACCUGCUCUUCAAAGAGGGAGGGAUAAGGUCUCACCCACCACGGUGACAACGAUGACUGCCUAUACAGAAAAUGCGCAGGGCAAUCUUGUUAUUAUCUAUGAAGAAGAUGCAGAGGAAUGGGCACUGUAUUUAAAAACAAUUUUCAAGCAUGUCUUAUCAGACGACAGAAUCUUGCUUUACAACAUGGGAUCUCCAUCCAUUCACCACCUGGAAUUGCCAUCCUUGGGCUCUUACAGAUGUAAACUGCUGAUACUUUCAAGUGGACUUGUUAACUGUCUGAACAAAAAGAAAAGACGUUUUCUGGACAAGAUCCUUCAGCCUCCUGAAAGGGUGGUUGUUUUGCUUUGUGGGAUUGAAAGUUCAGACACUAUCUAUCAAAUCUUGAAUAUAGACCCACACAAUUGGUUGAUUACCACUAAUCAUGAUCCAGAAGUCUACCUUGCAGUGAUUACUGGCAUUAUUCAACAAGAUGAGGCCUUGUCUUUGGAUUUUAAAAGGAGCUUAAAGCUAGAAAACCAUCGUGUGAAAACUGAGGCGACCUCUGAAACAUUAGGAAGCCCAGCAGUCUUACUGUUGCCAACAAGGAUAUCAUGUGAGAAUCCUGGAGAAAUUUUCAUUCUUUUGAGAGACGAAGUUCCUGAUGACUCAGUGGUGAUUGAAUUUGUGACAGAGAACAAAUGGGUUAGGACUCAGCCACACUUUUGGAAUCAGAAGGUCAGGUAUAUGAAAGCUUUAGAUUUUCCCGCUGGCUUUGUAAACGUAAAUGUCUACUGUGAGGGGGUCAUUAAAGCUUCGACACAGAUUGAAUACUACACAGCCGUUGAGGAGAUUGAAAGCAUUCUUCAGAAAGUGGCUGAUCCGAUAGUCUUUGCUUGUCAGGCUUCCAAGUUUUCCUCUGCUGAGAAAGUGGAUAAUCUUCUCACAUUCCUAUUGAAAAGUCCAAUCAUUUCUCACAAUUUCAGUGCCUUUCCAAAUGAAGUCAUGGAUCAUCAUCGACAGACUGACUCACACUUGGAAGAGCUCCCUACUCUUCUCCACUGUGCAGCUAAAUUUGGAUUAAAGAAGCUUACUGCUUUUCUUCUCCAAUGUCCUGAGGCAAUUCGGGCUUGCGGGAUAGCCAAUAAGUACAGAGAAAACCCAGCAUGUAUUGCAGAAAAGUAUGGCUAUAAGGAGAUUCAGGAAAUCAUCACCAAAUUGUCGGUAAAAGAAGACAGCAAGGAAAGCAGCAAUCAGGAGGAGGAAGAAGUCAAGACAGUAGAUGACACUUACAUAGUGAUGAUGAGCUCAGAAUCUCUCUGCAAUGGACUUUCAUUAGCAGCCAAGCCAAACCCAAGAGAACAGCCUGGAGCCUGCUGGAAAAUCCAGAAGGACUCAAGAAUGGUUGAUGAUGGAGAUGAACAGGAAAGAGCAGCUAAAACAGGAGAAGAGGAAGAAGAAAAUAAAUUGGGGGGAAAUCCACAUUGCUCAAGUGAGGAGGAGGAGGAGGAGGAGGAGGAGGCUCCUGAAGGAAGCCGCAGAGAUGUGGUCUACCCUGAGAGGCCACCUUUGCCACCUCGAAUCCCACUUACCACCACAAGACAAGACGAGAUUUUCAAGUGGACCCCAGAAUGGGAAGCAGAUAAAGAACAAAAGAAAACCGAUGAGAUACACGAGGAGGAGAAAGAAGAAGGUGAAUCUGAGAAAUCAGAAGAGGAGGAUCCAUACAGCUUUGCUCUUGUUGAUGAUGGUGUGUAUGAUAUCAUUUUUGACAACGACAACAAAGAGCGAAGAAAAGGUGGCAGGUCCUUUAUUAUGAACCGGCCACCAGCGCCUGCACCUCGUCCUUUGUUCGCACCUACAAAAGAGGAGAGCACCCCUUACAUAGCACAAGUUUUUCAGCAAAAGGCAACCAGAACUCAUGCUGGUAAUGAGAAGUUGCUGUGUGCUGCCAGAAAACCAGAUAGAGCUCAAGGUGACAGGACCACAUACAGUACCGUCAAGCCAGGCAUCCCAUUGAGACAAGAAGAGCUCAUCCUAUUGCAAGAGCAGGUGAAGAAGGGGAUACUUUCUGUGGAUGAAGCUCUGGAGAAAUUUAAAGAAUGGCAAAAUCACAGAAGUGGAUUAGAAGCGACCCAGCAGGAAAAAAUACGCCAGCUCAGAGACUCUAUUAUCAGGAAAAGACCGGAGGAGGAAAGCACGUAUGACAAAAUCACCAUUAUUCACCAUCCAGACGUUCCCAUGGCAAGACGAAAAGCAAGUCUUAGUGCUGAAGGCAUUGUGUACACCCAUCCAUUUCCAAAGCAGACUCUGCUUUGAAACCCACCAGGGAAAGAGCAGGCGUCUCCUGAUAACAGAGAGCAGAUUGUUGGACCCCUUGCAGCGAACAUUCUGCAUCACCAGGAGAUGAUCCUUGUUUCAGCAAACUCUGCUGUUAUUGGACAAUUGGACAAUUUGAGCUCUUACAAACAACAAAAACCUUUGUCACCAAUAAGUUCAGAGGUGGAACUUUUUUUUAAUGGUUCUCUGCUUGUAAUUGUCAUAAUGUCAUAUGACUGCCGCCAACCCAUCAUAUCCCACCAGAUCGUGGCAUUAAAUGACCUUACUGGCACCUGCCAAACCAUUCUGAUACAAAACACUGCAACAUAGCUUCUGUUUCAAGCAAGAAGAAUGAGAGACGCGUCAAUUAAAAUGAACAGGCCAGGGAAUAAGGCACGAGAGCUUUGCCAAUGGCAGCAUUUUUUAUACGUUUUCCAAUUAUUUCAUGUGCAUUUCAUUUCUGUAUGUGCCCUCAUUGACAAAGAA